UCUACUUUAAUUUGAGAUAUAUUUCUUUUUCGUUUUAUUAGAGUGACCUUUUCACGAUGGAGAAGAUGUUGCCAGCCCAAGAGGCUGCCAAAAUCUACCACACUAACUACGUGAGAAAUGCCAGGGCAAUUGGCGUGUUGUGGGCAGUAUUCACGAUGUGCUUCGCCAUCAUUACUGUCGUGGUGUUCAUCCAGCCGUUCUGGAUCGGGGACAGCGUGACUACCCCUCAAGCAGGGUACUUCGGGCUCUUCCACUACUGCAUCGGCAACGCGCUGACCUCGGAGCUGGUCUGCAAAGGGAGCGUCCUGGACUUCGGCUCCAUCCCGUCCGGUGCCUUUAAGACAGCGUUGUUCUUCGUGGGGACUUCGAUGCUACUGAUUGUUGGGAGCAUAGUGUCUCUCAGCUUGUUCUGGUUCUUUAGCACUGGCAGUGUGUACAAAAUUUGUGCUUGGAUGCAGCUGGCUGCAGCUGGCUUGAUGAUGGCGGGCUGUUUGAUCUACCCUGAUGGCUGGGACGCCCCGGAGGUGAAGCGCAUGUGCGGGGAGCGCACAGACAAGUACACGCUGGGUAACUGCACCGUGCGCUGGGCUUACAUCCUCGCCAUCAUCAGCAUCCUGGACGCACUCCUCCUCUCGCUCCUGGCUUUCACGCUCGGCAACCGGCAGGACAACUUGCUCCCGGACGACUUCGAGGUGGAGAUCCCGGUAGAUGCAGACGAUGCAGCUGGGAAAGCCUGAAAGCGACCUCAUCGAGGAGGUUCAACAUGGUCAACCAUGGAUCUGGAAACCCUAGCCACAGAGGGCACAAUCCCAACUUCAUGUCCCUCUCCAGCACACCAAUCAAGCCUUGCACUUCCUGUUGGAUCAUGCAGAACAUUCACUCAUCUCAGAAACCAGCCUUGUUUUAAGUCUUCAACUUACUCGAUUCGAUAGCAGGUUGCAACCUUAUGGCUUGUAUACAGCAUCCAUUCCUUGCAAGAGCAAUAUUCUCAUCAGCCUCCUCAAGGUCAUCAUGUUUACCACGUGCUGAAGACUGGACAACAAUGCUGCAAGGGAGAUGCUCAGUUUCUCAGUAAACACUUCAAAUUUAGUGAACAUUGUGAACUGCUCUCCAAAUUAUUUGUAUGUAUAGCAGCCAGCGUAAGGUUAAGAUAUUAAGAUUAAGAAAAUGAGUUUACAACACAAGUUUGUUCGCCUUUCAAAUAAACACAACUUAACUCCUAUGUGUAGACUGGACUACCUGGGGCAAGUGGAAAGAUGUCAAUAUUAAGACCCAUACGCUGCAAAUUAGGUUCAGACUGUAGACUUCAACAUAUUUCUGUAGAUUCUAUAUAAAUGAGCUUAUAGUAUAGAAUAACGUUGACACCUUUACAAGCCAUUUAACAGAAAUUUGACAGAUUAAA